AUGACUUCAACUGAUAUUCAGAAGUAUACGAAAAUAUUUGUUGCAGUAAAUACAGAUAAAGAUGGAAAAAUCAAUGGGAAACAAGCCCAGAACUUGUUCCUUAGCUGGAGAUUACCACGGGAGGUUUUAAAGCAGGUAUGGGACUUAUCUGAUCAAGAUAAUGAUAACAUGCUUUCUCUUAGGGAGUUUUGUAUUGCACUAUACCAAUGGAACGACACAGCAAAGGACGUGCUCUUUCAGGAGUACUUCCAAGUAACAUUCUCCUUGCUUUACUACCUUCUGGCCUACCUACCACUUAGUUUUCAACAAGAGGAAGGAAUGAGUGACCCUGGUGCUCAACGAGUGAACCUAACUACAGGCCGGCCACAAAGGCCAGCUUCUGUUUUUUUAUCUGAUGAAGGACUUCAAAAACAGCAAAAGUCCCAAGUUCCAGUGUUGGAGAAGCACGUCAUUAAUCAGCUGAGUUCAGAUGAGCAAAAUUCAAUUAAUUCAAAGUUUCAAGAAGCAUCAGAAGCUGAUAAGAAGACUCAUGUUGAUUGUAUCCAAUCAGACCUUGAUGAACUGGUAAAAUCUCUAAACAACCGGUGUAAGAAGUAUGAAUUACGUGCAAAGCCAACAACACUUGUGGAACUAUGUGAAGAAAGUCCUGUUGUGGCAACUGAGCCAGUAGCUCGUGCCAUCGGCGAGCCAAUGGAUAUCAUGAAUGCCUUACAGCUAACACUUAGGAAGUCACUUGCUUAUGGUAGUCUUGCACGAGGCCUUUAUGAGGGUGCUAAGGUGAUCGAGAAGCGCACUGCUCAGCUCGUUGCUCUUGCCGAGGAUUGUGAUCAACCUGACUAUGUUAAACUCGUCAAGGCCCUUUGUGCUGAGCAUUUGUGA